AUGACACAAUCUGUGCCCGAACAAGAUAUUUUCAUAAUGGAUCCCUUGAUUCCAAAGGAGGUGAAAAUCCUUGAAUCUGCUGAGGAUAUCCAAAAUCGUCGUUUUCAAGUACUUGAUCGCUAUAGCGAAUUCAAAGCAGAAGCCCGUUUAAAAAGAGAAAAACUUGAAGAUUCUAGAAGAUUUCAAUAUUUUAAAAGAGAUGCAGAUGAACUUGAAUCUUGGAUACUUGAAAAAACACAAGCUGCAUCAGAUGAAAGUUAUAAAGAUCCUACAAACUUACAGGCUAAAAUUCAAAAACACCAAGCAUUUGAAGCUGAAGUUGCUGCACAUAGUAAUGCGAUUGUGGUUUUAGAUAACACUGGAAUGGGAAUGAUUAAUCAAAACCAUUUUGCAUCAUCAGAAAUACGUCAGAGAUUGGAGCAAUUACACAAAGAUUGGGAUUUACUUUUGUCAAAAUUGGCUGAAAAAGGUGUUAAAUUACAACAAGCAUUGGUUUUAGUUCAAUUUUUAAGACAAUGUGAUGAGGUUAUGUUUUGGAUUAAUGAUAAGGAAACUUUUGUUACUACUGAUGAGUUUGGUGCUGAUCUAGAACAUGUAGAAGUAUUGCAACGUAAAUUUGAUGAAUUUCAAAAAGAUAUGACAUCACAAGAAUAUCGUGUAACGGAAGUAAAUGAUUUAGCUUCCAAAUUAGUUCUGGAAGGACAUCCUGAAAGGGAAACAAUUUUGAAAAAAAAAGAGGAUUUAAAUGAAGCAUGGACUCGGCUUAAGCAAUUAACUUUAAUGAGGCAAGAACGAUUAUUUGGAGCUCAUGAGAUACAACGUUUUAAUCGUGAUGCUGAUGAAACUGUAGCUUGGAUAUCUGAAAAAGAUGGUAUAUUGUCUUCUGAAGACUAUGGAAGAGAUUUAGCUAGUGUGCAAACACUUCAGAGAAAACAUGAAGGAGUCGAAAGAGAUUUGGCAGCUUUAGAAGAUAAAGUUUCAAUUUUGGGUCAAGAAGCAGAUCGCUUAUGUGGAAUUCACGCUGAUCAUAGUUCACAAAUCCAAAAUAAGCGUGGAGAAAUAGUUGCUUAUUGGGAACGUCUGACUGCUAAAGCUCAGGAGCGUCGACAAAAGUUAGAUGAAUCUUAUUUACUUCAACGUUUCUUAGCUGAUUUCCGCGAUUUGACUUCUUGGAUUAAUGAUAUGAAGGCAAUAAUAUAUUCUGAUGAAUUAGCAAAAGACGUGGCUGGUGCAGAAGCUUUACUUGAAAGGCAUCAAGAACACAAGGGAGAAAUUGAUGCUCGUGAAGAUAGUUUCCGGAUUGCAUUGGAAUCUGGAGAACACAUAUUAAAAAGUGAAAAUGCUCCUACAUUAGUUAGUGAAAAUUUAGGUAAUUUGAUCAGUGAAAAGAGUUCGUUGUUAGCUUUAUGGGAAGAAAGACGUAUUUUGUAUGAACAAUGUAUGGAUUUGCAAUUGUUUUAUCGUGAUACUGAGCAAGCUGAUACAUGGAUGGCUAAACAAGAAGCAUUCUUAUCCAAUGAAGAUUUGGGUGAUUCACUGGAUAGUGUUGAAGCAUUGAUUAAAAAACAUGAAGAUUUUGAAAAAUCUUUAGCUGCUCAGGAAGAAAAAAUUAAAGCUCUUGAUGAAUUUGCCACAAAAUUAAUUGAAGGACAGCAUUAUGCCACUGAAGAUGUUGCACAACGCCGUGAAAUGUUGUUAGAGAGACGUACAGCAUUACUUGCAAAAUCAUCACAAAGACGUAGUGUUCUUGAAGAUUCAUAUAGACUUCAACAAUUUGAGAGGGAUUGUGAUGAGACUAAAGGAUGGAUAAAUGAAAAAUUAAAAUUCGCUAAUGAUGACAGUUAUCUCGAUCCAACCAAUUUAAAUGGUAAAGUACAAAAACAUCAAAACUUUGAACAAGAACUAAACGCUAACAAAUCUCGCAUGGAAGAAAUUACUUCUACUGGUCAUGCUCUUAUCGAAUCUAAACAUUAUGCUUUGAGUCGUAUUCAACUAAGAAUGGAUGAAAUUGUUCAUUUAUGGGAGAAUUUAGUUACUGCGUCAGGACAAAAAGGUUCAAAACUACGUGAAGCUGCACAACAACAGCAAUUUAAUCGUACUGUUGAAGAUAUAGAGCUGUGGUUAUCGGAAGUUGAAGGACAAUUAUUAAGUGAAGAUUAUGGAAAAGAUUUAACUAGUGUACAAAAUCUUCAAAAGAAACAUACUUUGUUGGAAGCUGACGUUGCCUCACACCAAGAUAGAAUCGAAGGCGUAAAGAUAACAGCUGAUCAGUUUGUAGAUGGAGGUCAUUUUGAUGCAGACAACAUUCAUGCAAAACAAGUUGUGUUAUGUGAUCGUUAUUCAUCACUAAAAAAACCAAUGGAAACACGUAGACAACGUUUGGCAGAUUCACUUUUAGCACAACAACUAUUUAGAGAUGUUGAAGAUGAAGAAGCUUGGAUUCGUGAAAAAGAACCCGUAGCAGCAUCAACAAAUCGAGGUCGUGACCUAAUUGGUGUACAAAAUUUAAUGAAGAAACAUCAAGCUGUUGUGGCUGAAAUCAACAAUCAUGAAUCUCGUAUUGCUGCAGUCACUCAAGCGGGACAACAAAUGGUCGAUACUAAACAUUUUGCUUCAGAAGAUAUUAAACAACGUUUAGCAAAUCUCAAUAAACAUUGGAAUCAUCUUAAAGAAAAAGCAUAUCAGCGCAAACAAGAUUUAGAAGAUUCUCUUCAAGCGCAUCAGUACUUUGCUGACGCUAAUGAAGCUGAAUCUUGGGUUAAAGAAAAAGAACCAAUGGUAUUAAGUCAAGAUUAUGGAAGAGAUGAAGAUUCUUCUGAAGCUUUAUUAAAAAAACACGAAGCAUUGUUGUCAGAUUUAGAAGCAUUUAAAACUACUGUUGGAUCACUAUCAGAACAAGCUGCUGCAUGCAAGCAACAAGAAACUCCUGUAGUAGAUGUUAGUGGAAAGGAGUGUGUAAUGGCAUUGUUUGACUAUACUGAAAAGUCACCAAGAGAAGUUUCCAUGAAAAAAGGAGAUGUUUUAAUCCUAUUGAACUCUAAUAAUAAAGAAUGGUGGAAAGUAGAGGUUAAUGAUCGUCAAGGAUUUGUCCCCGCUCCUUAUGUUAAGCGACUUGAAGUUUCUGGUCUGAGUGCAUCUCAACAACAUUUGGCUACUGGUGGAUCUAUUGCAGCCAGACAAGCACAAAUUGAAGCCCAAUAUACAAGGCUUUUGAAUCUAGCUAAAGAACGACAAACUAAACUCGCUGAAACUGUUAAAGCAUAUGUACUAGUAAGAGAAGCUGCAGAAUUGGCCACGUGGAUCAAAGAUAAAGAAAAUCAUGCUCAAGUUCAAGAUGUUGGAGAGGAUUUAGAACAAGUGGAAGUCAUGCAAAAGAAAUUUGAUGAUUUUCAAUCUGAUUUGAAAGCAAAUGAAGUACGGUUAGCUGAAAUGAACGAAAUAGCAAUGCAGUUAAUGAGUUUAGGUCAAACAGAAGCAGCAUUGAAAAUAAACACACAAAUUCAGGAUUUGAAUGAAAAGUGGACAUCUCUUCAACAACUUACUCAAGCCCGAGCUACACAAUUAGGAUCAGCACAUGAAGUACAAAGAUUCCAUAGAGAUGUUGAUGAGACUCGUGAUUGGAUCCGUGAAAAAGAUGAUGCUCUUAAUAAUGAUGAUCUUGGUAAAGAUUUAAGAAGUGUUCAAGCUUUACAGCGUAAACAUGAAGGAUUAGAACGUGAUUUGGCUGCAUUACAAGAUAAGAUCCGCCAAUUGGAUGAAACUGCUAAUCGCUUAAUGAACACACAUCCUGAAUCUCGUGAUAAUACUUACAUGAAACAAAGAGAAAUUAAUGAAGAAUGGACUCAAUUAACAGCAAAAGCUAAUUCAAGAAAGGAGAAACUUUUAGAUUCUUAUGAUUUGCAGAGAUUCUUGUCUGACUAUCGUGAUUUAAUGUCUUGGAUUAAUUCAAUGAUGGGUUUAGUUUCUAGUGACGAAUUAGCAUCUGAUGUCACUGGAGCUGAAGCGUUAUUGGAACGUCAUCAGAGUUUGAGAGCUGAAAUAGACUAUCGUUAUGGUAUAGCUCAGGAACAUCGUACAGAAAUUGAUGCUCGUACUGGUACCUUCCAAACAUUCGAAAUGUUUGGACAGCAACUCUUACAAUCUGGACAUUAUGCCAGUGUGGAAAUACAAGAAAAAAUUGAAAGCAUGACUGAAGCUAGACAAGAGUUAGAAGAAGCAUGGAUAAACCGCCGAAUGCAACUAGAUCAAUGUUUGGAACUGCAACUGUUCUAUAGAGAUUGUGAACAGGCUGAAAACUGGAUGUCAGCUCGAGAGGCAUUCCUUGCUUCUGAAGAAGUUGAUUCUAAGGGAGAUAAUGUGGAAGCUUUAAUUAAAAAACAUGAAGAUUUUGAUAAAGCUAUUAAUGCACAUGAAGAGAAAAUUGCGGCUUUACAAACACUAGCUGAUCAGUUAAUGGCUGCCCAACAUUAUGCUGCAACUCCAAUUGAUGAAAAAAGGCAACAAGUUCUGAAUAGAUGGCGUCAUUUGAAAGAGGCUUUAAUUGAAAAAAGAUCAAAAUUAGGCGAAUCGCAAACAUUACAGCAGUUUAGUAGAGAUGCUGAUGAGAUUGAGAAUUGGAUUGCGGAGAAACUUCAACUGGCUACAGAGGAAAGUUACAAGGACCCAGCAAAUAUUCAAUCUAAACAUCAAAAGCAUCAAGCAUUUGAAGCAGAAUUAGCUGCUAACGCUGACCGAAUUCAAAGUGUUUUAGGCAUGGGACAGAAUUUGAUUGAUAAACAUCAGUGUGCUGGAUCAGAUGAAGCUGUUCAGUCAAGAUUAGGAUCAAUUGCUGAUCAAUGGGAAUAUUUGACUCAAAAAACAACUGAGAAAUCAUUAAAACUUAAGGAAGCAAACAAACAACGUACCUAUAUUGCUGCUGUAAAAGAUUUAGAUUUCUGGUUGGGUGAAGUAGAAUCAUUGUUAACAUCUGAAGACUCUGGAAAGGAUUUGGCAUCUGUUCAAAAUCUAAUUAAAAAACAUCAACUUGUUGAAGCUGAUAUUCAGGCACAUGAAGAUCGUAUUAGAGAUAUGAAUGGUCAAGCAGAUUCGUUAAUUGAAAGUGGACAAUUUGAAACAGGAAGUAUCCAAGAACGUCGUAGUUCUAUCAAUGAAAGAUAUGAACGUAUUAGAAAUUUGGCAGCCCAUCGCCAAGCUCGUUUAAAUGAAGCUAACACUUUACAUCAGUUCUUUAGAGAUAUUGCAGAUGAAGAAUCAUGGAUAAAGGAAAAAAAACUUUUGGUUGGAUCUGAUGAUUAUGGUCGUGAUUUAACUGGCGUUCAAAAUCUUAAGAAAAAACAUAAGCGACUUGAAGCAGAAUUAGCGUCACAUGAACCUGCUAUACAAUCAGUUCAAGAAGCUGGAGAAAAAUUAAUGGAUGUUUCUAACCUUGGUGUUCCUGAAAUUGAACAGCGAUUGAAAUUAUUAAAUCAAGCAUGGGAUGAAUUGAAACAAAUGGCUUCAAACCGAGGGAAAAAAUUAGAUGAGUCUUUAACCUAUCAACAGUUUUUGGCCAAAGUAGAAGAAGAAGAAGCUUGGAUCAGUGAAAAACAUCAAUUAUUAUCUGUGGAAGAUUUUGGUGAUACCAUGGCAGCUGUACAAGGUCUUUUAAAAAAACAUGAUGCAUUUGAAACUGAUUUUGCUGUUCAUCGUGAUCGUUGCGAACAAAUAAGUCAUGGCGGUAUUGACCUUGCAGAUUCAAAGAACCAUCAUGCAGAUAGCAUAUUACAGCGUUGCCAACAACUUCAGAUUAAGUUGGACAAUUUAUCUGCAUUGGCUGCUAAACGCAAGUCAAAGCUGAUGGAUAAUUCUGCUUACUUACAAUUUAUGUGGAAAGCAGAUGUGGUUGAAUCAUGGAUUGCUGAUAAGGAAACUCACGUUAGAUCAGAAGAGUAUGGUAGAGAUUUAUCUACUGUUCAAACUUUACUUACUAAACAGGAAACAUUUGAUGCUGGUCUUCAUGCGUUUGAACAUGAAGGAAUACAAAAUAUCACUGCUCUAAAGGAUCAAUUGAUUACUGCUAAUCAUAAUCAAUCGGAAGCAAUAUUAAAACGACAUGCUGAUGUGAUUGAUAGAUGGCAAAAAUUAUUGGGUGAUUCUGAUGGCCGUAAACAGCAAUUAUUACGUAUGCAAAACCAAUUCCGACAAAUAGAAGAACUGUACUUGACUUUCGCUAAAAAAGCAUCUGCAUUUAACUCCUGGUUUGAAAAUGCUGAGGAAGAUUUAACAGACCCUGUGCGUUGUAAUUCCAUAGAAGAAAUCAGAGCACUUCGUGAAGCACAUGCACAAUUCCAAGCGUCACUGACAUCUGCUCAGUCAGAUUUUGAAGCAUUGGCUGCUCUUGAUCAUCAGAUUAAGAGUUUUAAUGUAGGCCCCAAUCCAUACACAUGGUUCACAAUGGAAGCUUUAGAGGACACUUGGCGUAACUUACAAAAAAUCAUUAAGGAACGAGAUAUUGAAUUAACUAAAGAAGCUCAGAGACAAGAUGAAAAUGAUACACUUAGAAAAGAAUUUGCCAAACAUGCCAACACUUUCCACCAAUGGUUAACUGAAACCAGAACAUCAAUGAUGGAAGGAUCUGGUUCUUUAGAACAACAACUGGAGGCCAUAAAACGUAAAGCAACUGAAGUGCGUUCUCGUCGUUCAGAUUUAAAGAAAAUUGAAGACCUUGGGGCUAUUCUUGAAGAGCACCUAAUAUUGGACAAUAGGUAUACAGAACAUAGUACCGUUGGUUUAGCUCAGCAAUGGGAUCAACUAGAUCAAUUAGGUAUGCGAAUGCAACACAACCUAGAACAACAAAUUCAGGCUAGAAACCAAUCAGGUGUCAGCGAAGAUGCUCUGAAAGAAUUCUCUAUGAUGUUCAAACACUUUGACAAGGAUCGGUCAGGGCGUCUUGAUAAAACCGAAUUCAAAUCUUGUCUCAGAGCUUUGGGUUAUGAUUUACCUAUGGUAGAAGAAGGACAGCCUGAUCCUGAAUUUGAAGCAAUACUAGAUGUCGUAGAUCCAAAUCGCGAUGGUUAUGUAUCUCUUCAGGAGUAUAUGGCAUUUAUGAUCAGCAAAGAGACAGAAAAUGUACAAAGUUCAGAAGAAAUUGAGAAUGCAUUCAGGGCAAUCACAGCCGGUGAUAGACCAUAG